UCACAUCCUGUUCUGUAGUAUUGUUGGUUGAGUGAGUGCUGCAUGGCCUCGACUCGACGUAGCGUAGAUCCCGUUCCAAGAUUUGUCUAUAAGACUAAAAUUCAUGUGCAAUAUUAACCGCGGUAUAAUUCGUAAUGGUGUUCUCUAAAAGGCCAUGGAUUUGAUGAAAACGAAAUUGUGGGCACGUGGAAGGAAUAUGAGUUCCUAGACUUGUCAGAUGUGAAAGAAGCGGAACUGAGCAGUUUGCAGUGUGCACUUUACCAGCGGAAGACGGAGGGUUCGAGCUACGGUUGGACCGAGCCUGCCAUUGAUCUGUCCUCGUGUUCGUCGUCGACCUUGGGCCCGCGCACCGUGUCGAGCAGCCUGGACAGCCUGUCGGGCGGCGAGUGCGAGAUGGCGCCCCACUCGCCGCAGCGCGCGCCGCCGCCGCCGCCCUACGCGCAGCCCCCGCCCGCCUACCCGCAGCAGUGGCCCGUGGCGCCGCCCAACGUCUACGUCAGCCAGGUGACCGCCAACGUGAACGUGCAUGGCUACAUGGGGCAGUACUACCAGCCGCCCCAGCCUCAAUACGCGCCGCCGCCACAAGUGGACCGCCCGCCGCGCAACCACCGCCGCGACCGCCGCGGCAAGCGCCCCCCUUCUCCGCCACCUCCCCAACCGCCCCCCUACUACGUCCAGUACCCGCAGUACUACCCCGCCGCACAGGCCCAGGCAGGAGCCCCUCUCUACCACCUACCCGUAUACCAACCUCUAGUCUACGGACCUUACGCGUACCCGCCUUACUACCAAGAAUAUCAGAUACCUGUCGAAGGUGAAGACAAGCCUGAUGAAUACCAACAAGAGGUUGUGAUGGAGCAGGAAGCUGUAGAUGCUUAUUACGCUGGCGCUCAUUACGCCCCUCCAUACGGCCCGCCUGUAGACGGGGGCGUAGAAUACAUGCCGCCCAUGUAUCUCCCCCCACCACCACAUCCACCACCUAUACCUAUACAGCCUCAACCACCACAUCAAUCGACUCCGCACCAGUUUAAUGUGCACGCUAAAAACUUCGUAGUCCAAUCGCACAAUCAGAAUAAAUACACUCCGCCAGAAAAGAGUCAAGAACAGAAGACGCCGCCAGCGACCGCCUCUGCUGUGGAAUCGUUACCUAUUAAAGAUCUGACCAUCAGCAAGGGCCCGGGCAGCCCGAAGCAGACAGAACGACCGAUAGAACAAAAACCAGCCAGUGACAAAGCUUCACCUACCCCUAAAGUAGAAGCCGUCAAGCCAGCUUGGGUAGCGAAUGAAAAGGCUCCUGAAGUUAAUCAGAUACCAGCUAAGGCGUUCCCGCCGAUGGCGUCUGCGAGUCAAGUUCCCGCCGCGAAUAAGAUGCCUCCAGUGGUAAAUAAAACUACGAAAGGCCCGGCAGCCCCGUUCUCAGGAGGCAAGCAACCGGCUAAGCCCCUGGUUCCUCAAGCGGCCGUGCCUGUACAACAGGCGGUAUCUACCCCAAAAGCGCCGUUUGGCAAUAGACAGAAGAGGGAUAACGUGGCUAACAGGUCACCGACGAGUGAAACUGCCGAAGUCCCAAGCCCCGCCGCGCCGGUUGAGCAUCCUAAACGCGAUCCGCCGCUGCCGCCAAGCAAGGCGCCUAUGCCUAUCUCGAUCACGCUACAUUCGCAAGGGCCACCGCUGAUCGUAACUAACAAAUCACCUUUCGGACACUCUAGAAAGUCGACAGCCGCGCCUGAACCGCCUCCAGUGCCUCAGCCGCCUCCCCCAGCGCCUACUGCGUCAGAUUUCCCCCCACCACCCACUCCUAGAAACCGUGGAGACUUGCCGCCGCCUGUGGUGCAACCUCAACCCCAACCGGCUCCAGGGAAAUCCUGGGCAAGUCUGUUCUCAAGCAAGACCGCAGCGGUCACAGUGACGGCUUCGCCGCCGGCACCUUUGCCUAUCGAAGAGCCCCCAAGCCCGACCACAGUAUCGCCACCAGCGACGGCUAGCAUUCAAAAACCAGUGGCUAAAGUGCCCCCUUUUGACGCGUCUCCAUCUCAAAUAACGGCUCCAGAUAAAAGCUCCCCUGUGCCGCGGCCGACCGCCGCGCCUACUGCCAUCUCCUACUCCGAGAAGACCUCUGUGAACGCCAUUAGUAUAACCCCUGCUGCUAAACCGGCGUCUCCCAGCCAACCUGUGCCCGAGGUCCGGGAGGUUCCUAUUCAGAAGGAGCCUACGCCAGCGCUGCCUGUGCAGCCUUCGCCAUUCGCUGAUGACCCGAACUCUUACAGGAUGGGAGAAUUCCUGUCAAAAUAUCAGCUGGACAACAAGCCAGUGACGCUUCUACCCCGCGGCCUCACGAACCGCUCCAACUAUUGCUACGUCAACUCGAUUCUACAAGCGUUGAUAGCGUGUCCUCCCUUCUACAACAUGCUGAAGGCACUGCCCUACCAAACCCGACGCGGCAAGUCUAGCACACCCGUCAUUGACUCCAUGGUGGAGCUGUGCUACGAGUUCAGCCCGCUGGCGCUGGGGCGAGCGCGGGGCGGGUGCGGGGCGGCGCGCGGCGAGGCGGGCGCGCCCGCGGUGCCGGUGCCGGCCGGGCCGGCGCUGGACGGCGCGGCGGGGCUGCGCGUGCUGCGCGCGCUGCGCCCCUUCCCCGGCUCGCAGGAGGGCCGCCAGGAGGACGCCGAGGAGUUCCUGGGCUGCCUGCUCAACUCCCUCAACGAUGAGAUGCUCGAGCUGAUGAAACUGGUGGAACCAGAGGAGCCUAAAGAGGCGAAUGCUCCAGUGAAUGGAAUCAUUACACAGGAGCAACCUCCCGAAGAGGAUGAUGAUGAUGACGAAUGGAAGGUGAUGGGUCCGCGCAACAAGGGCUGCGUGGAGCGGCGCUGGGCGGCGCGGCGCACGCCGGUGGCGGACAUCUUCCGCGGCCGCACGCGCCUGCGCCUGCACCGCGCGCCGCAGCACGCCGUCACCGACGCCGUGCAGCCCUUCUUCACACUGCAGCUCGACAUCGAGCGUGCAUCCAGCGUAAAGGAUGCCCUAGAACUCCUAGCGGGCAAGGACACACUGGAAGGAGUAUCCGACGCCUGGCAACAGUUAUCCUUGGAACAGCUGCCUGUGGUCCUCUUGCUGCAUCUGAAGUGCUUCCAGUUGGACUCGGAGGGCCACACCGCCAAGAUUGUCAAGAAUAUUGACUUCCCUGUGGAUCUGAAGAUUGAUCAGAAGAUCAUGUCUUCAAAGAUCAAGUAUUCGGGCAAGCAGCGUCUGUACAAGCUGUUUGCGGUGGUGUACCACGAAGGAGUGGAGGCGGUGAAAGGGCAUUACGUUACCGAUACCUUCCACGGGCAAGCGGGCUGGAUCAGAUACGACGACUCGACAGUGACGCCGGUGUCGGACGGCGCGGUGCUGAAGCCGAAGCCGCCGCGCAUGCCGUACCUGCUCAUGUACCGGCGCCACGACACGCUGCCCCCCCACCCCCACCCGCACCCCCACCCCCACCGCGCGCCCGGCAAGCCCGAGUGAGCCGCCCCUCUACAGUGAACCACCCGUCUACAGUGAACUGCCCGGACAGUGAUUUGUUUAUAAGUGUUGUAAAUACUGUGAAAGACUCGAAUCGUGCCUGUCGAACGCUCCCUACGGUGCAACGAAGUUGUCUCGUGUACGUAAUGUAAGUAUAAUUUUUAUGUUUACGAGCCGCCCCCGGGGGCUGUGUAAAAAGAUUGGCCGGCGGUUAGCACUCUGCACGUUUUGGUUUUUUAAUGGAAAUAGUCUUGUGUUAGUUUGAGUCGGUGGGCGGUGCUAGCCGCCGGGCUUAGUUUUGUAUGUGUAAUAUUUUGUACAUUAGGCUCUUUUAUUUGAGGCGUAGGAUUACUUUAUGUGUAAAUUCGGAUACUUUUUAGAAUAAAGUACAAAAUGAUAUUUGUUUGCCGCUCGAAAUGAAGCUGAUUCAUAGCUAUGACUAUAAAUUGAAGAAACUCUUAAUGAUGCAUUCGACCUAAUUAAUUUAUUUUGGUAACUAAUUGAAUCUGCGAAACGAUUGUAUAUAUUGAUUGUGUACGUAUUAAGUAACUAUAGGAGCCGCGUUCUCUGCUGGACAAUAUGGAAUUGUGGUGUUAUAAUUUGAAAAAUUAAAAAAAAAAAUAUGUAAAAAUCAUAAUUCAUGAUACAUAUUUCUAUAUUGUUCAUCUUAUUGUGUAGAAUAAUCUUCCUAAUACUCUUCCAUUGGAAAAUGUCAAGGUACUGUCGAGUACAAACAUCUCCGGACAAUUACCAGAGCGCAUUUGAGAAACUACAGUGAUGUAUUGUAAAAAGGAAGACUGGUAUGUGAAUGGUAGAAUUAUGUAACGUGAAUUGCAGACGUUCGUCCUCUUCGUGGUUGAUAUGGGUUGUAGAAGUGGGUGUCCGGCACCGAGUGCCGGAGGAGUGCUCUUGUAUGUGAUAUGGGAUGCCUGAGACCGACGACUAAAUGUUUAGCUGUAGUCACUUGUAUAUUGUAUAAAAUUGUUAUAACGAUAUAAGUGUUACAUAUAAAUAAACAGAUAUAUAUUAUCUCGCCGUUGGUAUGUUGUAUGAAAGGAUGCCUGUUUUUAAUAUUAUUCGAAUUCAAAUUGAGGUUUAUAUUACUUUUUUUGACACAUUACAAUAAUAUUCGCGUAUCAUUACAUCAUAUUAUAUCUAUUGUCGAAGAUCAUUAAAUUAUUAGUAGCAUUUUGCUGAUAUUAAACUUUUUGAUCUCACAUUUGUUGUUGUUUGGGGAAAAAUUUAUAUGGAUGUGAACGAAAUUUUCCUUCUCUAGUAAUAUAGGCAAUACAUCAAUGCCUUAUUAUUUGAAAUACAAUAUUUUCUUAGUAUGAAAAUGACCAAAAAAUAUAAUAAAAAAAUGUGUUUGAAAUUGCAAAUAAAAUAGAGCUUUUCUAAAUUGUUCUAGUAAUGAAAAUGCAAACACCCUUAGAGUUAAUAAAAAAUAUAUAUGUAUAAUUAAUUAUCUUUAAUAAAAUAUCUUCGGUUCAGUGUCCAAAAGUUGAAAAAAUAUUUAGUCUUAAAAAUUAGUCAAUUUAAUAUUAUAUAUUAAUGAAAACGAAAUAGGUUUAGAUUUGUAUGGUUUCUGAGAGAGGUUAUUUACGGCUAACACGCUAAGCUUUUUUUAUAGUAAUACUUGUUUUUGUUUAGUUUGGAUCAUGGGUAGGUCAUAAUACUUAGUGAUACUGGCAAUAAUUGUAACUCGUAAUAGGUAACGAAGUUUGAUGGCACCUACUUAACACCAACGCGGGUGGAACUUAGUUCGUCCGCGCAGUCCACAGUCCACGUAACGGCUUACACAUGUGUCGAUUCAUAUAAAAAUGCCUUUAGUCUUAUAAAAUUGCUACGCAAAUUUGACGUUUAUUUCCUUCUGACAUAGCUCAUAUUCCUUUACAAUUUGCAUGGAAUUAAGUAACUUUCAUAUGUGUCGUCACACAGUAGUUGCAAGUUCUCUAGGAUUAGAACAUACGAAUUUAUCUUUAUCACCAUUCUGCCAUACGAAAUAGGUCGGCAGUUUCUCUUCCCACAUUAUCUUCCACGAUACUAUCAUGUUCAUGCCCUGACUUGUUUAUUUAUUUGGAUGCAGUGGAGCCUGGUGCUAUUGGUUUGUCUGUAUGCCAGUCGUUAUAGCAGCUGUCUUAGACAUGUUUUAGCAGUGCUGCAAAAAUAUCUAUGUUGCUACCAGAUUCAAAUUUAUCUACACUGCCGUGAUAGCUUAUGAGGCGACGUUUUGUUACUAUGUUGACUGUAUUACACUGACAAUUCGAUCGAUAUACUUCAAAUAUAGUUUUAAAUGUUAGCAGUAUAGAUAUUCUUGCACCUGACUUGUAGGCAAAUCCUAUAGGCUGUUGUAAUAGCUCGGUAUGUGAGGUUUGCAUGGGUUUAUAUACGUAAGACUGAGCGAAGAGUCCGGAAUGUCAGUUUAUUUAUGUAAAAAGCACACGUUUUAGCUCGUAAGUUUUUAUUAUAACAAUUGCUGCCUUUUAGUUAAGUGUCUGUGUUGCAUAUUUAUUGAGAUAUAUUUCUAAAGUGAUUGUGCACUGUGUCCGAUGUAAAUAUAGACGAAGAUUAAACAAAUUAACAUGAAUACAAUAUAGACUUUAUUUUUAGAUGUGAAACUUGACGGUUAACGCAGGUUUUUACAUCUUGAUUUGUUGCCAAAUAUCGACAGUUGACAACAUAAUUUGUCACUACUUUUCUACACUAAAAACUGUGACAGUAAAAUAUAUCUUAAAAGAAACACCCGCUGCAAGGGUGACAAUACGGAUUUAAAUUUUCGAGGCCGUAGGGAGUCCCUUUCUAACAAAAGAUGUCAAAAAGUGACAUCCGCUUGUAUUACAAGUUACAAGCUUUUGAGAAACGGGCCACUGAUAUGAAGGUACAGAGUAAUCUUCUCAUAUUGAUAUCGGCUGCAAUGUUCAAGAACUCUUUGUCAGUAAAAGAAACCCGUAGAUUUAAUUUUCUAAUUAGCUUGUUCUGGCAUUUAUAACUUGAAAAAUCCUUCUGCUGUAUGGCUGUGAUGUAGCACCUAGGACUUCGACUGUUAUAAAUACCAGUUAGCCUAGAAUAUUAAGGCCUGGAAACCUAGCCGAUGUGUUAUAAGUGAAGCCAAGACAUAACUUUUAAACAUUGACAUAGAUAUCUAGGGACUGGCUUUACGGGCAAUAAUAAUGAGGCAUGACAGGGGCCAGUAUAGCGGUGUGACACCGCUACAACGCGAUUGAUUGAUGAGUUCGCAUCACGCGCGCGAUUGGUUGAUGAGUUCGCAUUACGCGUGCUAUUGGUCGAAACUAGUUGCGUUAAACUGCACGAUUGGCUCGAAUUCGUGAGUGACACCGCUGAACUAGUACCAUUUUUAGUCCUUAGAUAUUAUACGUCAAUGCUUUUAAAACAUUUAACUAAGGCGUCUAUUAAAAAUGGCAACUAGGGUUGUACUUUCACCUGCAAUAAUAGAUUUAGAUAUACUUAAUAUGUUAUACUUACAACGAAGACCGCAAAAAUAUCACCAUCAUAAGAUGGCUCUACAAAUAAUUGUAGAGCCAUCAGAGCGUGUCACAUAGUUUUGCGGCUUUCGAAGAGUAACAUAUUAUUGCAGGUGACUGUACAGGUUUGGAAGACUUCACCAUGGAGCAUUCCACGGUCUGUCCCGUACAAACGCAUUUUUCGUUUGUUUCAUGUAUUUGAACUUUUUUCUGUGCAAAUUUUUGACCAUUUGUCACGGAAAAAGAAACUUAUGCCUGUAAAUCUUCAGAACAAUGUCAUGGAAUGCUCCUAUGAGCAAUAAUUAACACUCUUGCUUACUUUAAUGGCGCAGCUACCCAAAAUGAGUCUUGACCUCCGACACGAACACACGAAUCAACAUUCUAGGCCUUAUUUUCUAAGCCGGUUCGCUCCUGAUAAUUAACGUUCUCAAUGUAAAUGAUAUUUAGUAUUUACGUCUAACUCGUGAGUUCAGUUGUUUUCGCUACUUGAUUAAUUACCCCAGGUAAAAGUGGGAUUCAGAAUUGGAUAGAGUAAACGGCUGUUUGAUAAAAUCAUAUACUUUGCAUUUUAGCGUAAAAAGAUAAUUGAAAAGUAGGUAGGUCUGACGAAACGUCGAUUUAAUUUAUCUAAUUUUGAGUAUCACUGCAAAUUCUUUUUAAUGUUGGUUUACGGGAUGAACUGGACUGCCACACAAUUUAAGCAAUGCAAUGUCUUUUAUUUUACCUGCAUUUUAGUACAGUAAAAAACGCAGGCCAGACGAAUUUAUACCUUAAGUCCAACGUCAUAAAGACUCGCAUAUGAAUGCUGUUAUGUCUUGUGUAUUUGUGACUAAUAUUGCCCCAUAGCUUAUUAUAGUUAAAAUAUGGAAAUAACCAAUUAACUUAAUGAAAUACAUAUUUAUACGCCAACCUAUUAUCACUGCCACAAUUAAGGCCCUACCUGACAUUGCGUUGAUGGAAUUAUUGAAGUACGCGGUAUAUCUUAUCAUUCUCACCGCAAAGUCAAGUAGGGUAUUGGAAAUAACGUUAUUAUGAAUCGUUUUAUACAUUAAACCAAAUGGGUAAAUUCAUAAAUUAAUGUUUAAGGACAUUUUGUUGUUCAAAUCAGAGUUAAAUCGUUCCUAGUCAAGUUUCAUCCCGUAAUAGUUGAGAGUUUAAUCCUUAGUAAAUGUUCCUGGAUCAUAGUUUUAAUCUGAUCAAACUAGUUGUGAAGUUAUCGAACUUAAUAUUAAAUAAUUUAAGUAGUGUGCAGCUUCCCUACUGACACUUUCUAAGCAGAUAGUUAUAGGUCAGAGAAAAUUGUUUUAACAGUAUUCAAUGUGUUUUACGCUUUUUAGAGCUCGUUUUAAAAUAUUUAUCAUAAUUACGUCAAAAAUAUCAAAAUGAGGUUAAACUAUAUAUACAGAUUGUAUACAAUAUUGUUCUACUAUAGCACAAAGAAAAAAUAAUUAUUAGUUUGAAAUAAAUACCAAUGCUUCGUUUUGUAUCAGUCGCAGAGAUCAAUUUUAUUUAUGUUGACAAUGUCUAGUCUACAGUAGAAAACUCUUUCGACACUUUUUUGAUUAUUAUUUUACGUUGAACUUUUCCAACUACUUAUGCCAUUUUGUUUUGGGUGCUCGCGUGGUAUACAUGAAAUCUUGCAAAUUAUGGUGGUUUCGUAUGAAAGUAUUGUACCGCGUCCUAAUAACUCUUUGCAUAUUAUUAGAAAACACACUAGGUACACAAUUGUCCUCAGAUUCCACCAUAACACAAAUAAAAACACCAUGAAAUCAAAACCUGCUACAAAAUAAGACAAAAUGGUGUUUUCUAAUAAAUUGGUAAGUGCUGCUAAGUGCUAGAUAAUUAUACUAGUAGCUACGCCGUUCUUAGUAUAACGAAAUAAGUGUCUUUAACGUGGUUUAAGAACUGGCAAUCACUCAUUACUGAGGGCUCCUGAAUUAAGUCCGGAUUCCACGGAGGUCCAGUUUCUCGAUCGGUUAAGAUCUUGGUCUCCCGUUGACAUCGUAUCCUGCGUAUGAGGAAUCACACCGAAUAGGAUACCCAAACAAAACAUCAACCGGAGAUCGAGGCCUAAGCAAAAGGAAGGAACAGUCCCCGUCAGAUAUAUGGGAGCGGCUAAGGUACCCAAAAAUAUCUGAACAUGCGCUUUAACGUCUUGAUCAAGCCUCUAUUGCUUUGUUCAUAUAUUUGUGAACACCUUGGCCGCUCUAAUAUAUCGGAUGGCGACACACCAACCGCUGGAAACUUACGCCUUUGAUUGUGGGACGGCUCAAAAAUGUUGACGGUUGUUUUAUGUUAGGGCGGUAGUGGUAGGUAUUCCACCUGUCCAAUGUGUAUUUUAUCUCACAUGUUGCGUAAUGAGAGAGUGAAACGUAAUGACAUUGUAUCAAGAUAUUCGACAGAUGGAAUACCACCCUUAGUUGUGUGGUUGGACUUGCUCGGAGGCGCCCUCUGCAAUGAGCUGUUGACUUAACCUCAAUCUAAAAUAAAUAGCAAGAAAAGUGCAAUAGUCUAAAGCUUACAAUGAUAAACCAGAACUAUAAACGAACACAUUGGCGGUCUAUCUACUUAGGUUCUAACGAUGUAUGUAGUGUCUAAUAAUAAUUAUCCUUAUUUUUAUAUGAGAGGUUUAUCAUUUAAGUUACGUUUAAUUUUUAGUAAUAAGAUCCAAGGCUGUAUUUAAUACAAGGAGUGUUUUUUCCCAAUGAGCUGGAUACGUUUUACAUUUUGUUAGCCAUUAUUAGUUAUUGUGUGAAAAUACUCCUGUUGGUGAUAAUAGAUGAAUGUCUGAUUUGAAAUCGGUAACGUAUAGGCAAAGAGAAUAGAAUAGAGACGGAUUGUCAAAGUAAAUUACGUAGCCACUGUAAAUUUACUGCCGUCUUUCGACAGAACAUAAAACUUUAGAACGCCAUUAAAUUUGACUUUGAUCCUUACUCUUUUACUGAUAUGUGUUAACCAAACGUCGGACUAUAGGGGGCAGUUUGAGGGCAAGGUAAGGUUUACAAAAAAAUCUUAACUUACGAGGAUUAUAAUGUACCUAGUAUUUGUAACAUAGUUAAUUAAAUUAGUUACCCGUUAUCAUUUUAUUCAUCUUUAAUGUGUAAAUACUCUUUGAAGUGAUGACUGAUAGCACACUGAAGUGGCCACUUAAAAAACAAAUAAAUAGCUGACAUGCGUCAUUAUGACUGUUGUUCAUACUUAUAUUUGUUGGUAGAGUGCCGUCUAAUCAAUAGAAAGAUUUGCUUUAUUUGUUAUAUUAUAAUUACUAGGUACCAAAUACUAAGUACAAAUACUCGAAAGUGAAUUGAUUGAUUUGCGAACCUUACCAAUCAUUCUGACAUGCCACGAAAAUGCCCGCUGGAGUCCGACGUAUGGUGUUAACUUAUUAAAUAUUAAUAUUAACGCCAUCUACUGGACUAUAGGGCAAAUGUAUGGUGCAAUGUUUUCGAGCGAUGGCGCCAUUCCUUUCAGCCUAUGCUCGAGUAGAUGUCGUUAAUAUUAAUAUUUAACAAGUUAACACAUAUCAGUGAAAGAAUUAGGAUCAAAGUCAAAUGACGUUCAGUGUUAAUCUUCUGUCGAUAGAUGGCAGUAAAUGAAUAGCCGGCCUAGCCAAGGUUACAAUCGCUAUCGCUUCGAUAACGAAAAGCAUUAUGUCUCUCUAUCACUCUUCCAUAUAAGUGCGACAGUGACAGUUGCGUUUCGAUCGCUACGGAGCGUAAGCGAUCGGCAUCUUGGCUACGCGGCCUGUAGCUACAUAGUUUACGGCAGUAACUCUCUACUUCAAAUCGUCGGGUGACAAGCAAAAGUCACUAAGUACUACCAUAAAAUUAAAGUAACAAUGCACUUUAUUACACUUGUAACACGGUUUAUUGUCCAAUAAUUUCAAUGGUGUUAGUGACUUUUGCUUGUCACCCGACGAAAUUAUCUUUGGUAUAGGGCAUUGUCUAUUAUGACCAGCUUCCUAAGUUGUUACGUGAUACGUGUGUAUGACUAAUUAUAAAAUAAUCCUUAUUUUGGUAACAAAUUGGUGUUAUGAAAAUUUUGUGAAUAAAAUAUGGUGUCAUUCUA